GCCGGAUGCGAGGCAGCAGUCCUGACCCCGUAACAUUAGCCGUUGUCAGCCAGUCAUACCCAGUCCCGAAGCGUGGAACACCCGGAGCUCGACCCCGCAACCUGUUAAAAGUCCAACGCCUCUAACCACUGAACCAUGGACUCGUCGUCCUGUCGGUUGCGAUCAAGAAUAUACAAUAGUAGAGGGGCGCUCACCGAUUUUUUUUACAGAACUCACUAGUCCCGUUGUGCCUUGUCAUUGACAUAGCUUACGACAGGUUACUUCGCGUCAACCCAUUGUACUCGUACAUGGAAACCUUUAGUAAAUGGCGAACAUACAUCGGUUUCAUCCUGGUUGCGAAUGAGUCCACUGUCCGUUACUGCUUUUCCUUGUCAAUGACAAAAUUUAAGGCAGCUUUCUUCGAGUAAACUCAUUGAACCCUCCCCCUACGGACAUCUUUAGUAGAUGGUCAUCAUCCACCGGUCCCACCGUGGCAAGUAUGGGUCCCUUGGCAGUUACUUGGUUUCCUUAUCAUUGGCACAGCAUACGACAGGUUACAUUUCGUCAACCCAUUGCUAAAUUAAUCGGUUUCCUCGUCAUGGACAAAGCCUACAACACUUUCGCGUAAACCCAUUGCACCCCACUCGGAAACCAUUAGUAGACGGUCACCAUUCACUGGUCAUGCAAUGGUAGGGAUGGGUCCACUGCAGGCUGCUCGGUUUGCUUUUCAAUGACAAAUCUUACGCCAACUUCCUUCGAGUCAACUCAUUGUACCCCUCCCACACGGAAACCUUUAGAAGCCGGUCACCAUCCAUCGGUUAUGCCCUGGUAGGGACGGGUUCACUGUCACUUACUCGGUUUCCUUGUCAUUGACAAGGCCUGUCGAUGACUUCCUAUAUAACCCCUCGUUUUCAGUCUACCCACUGCACCGCUAGAGGGAAACCUUUAGUACACGGCCACCAUCUACCGGUUUAACUCUGUGGGGACGGAUCCGUUGUCGUUUUCUUAGUUUCCUUACCAGUGAGACACUUUAGUCCACUUUACAUCACCUUAUCCUCACCCACCCUUUCAACCUCGUAAAAAAUUGGUUGAUCUAUGAUACAGAGGUUGCAUAUCAAAUUUUUUAUACGAUUAAAAGGGUAUUGGAGAAAGGUUAUUGAGUGUUUCUACUUCCUUGCAGUUUACGGGCCAGCUGCACCGAAUAGGCCACCAUAAUAUUUUCUCCAGAAACGAGCUACUUCUGACUGAUUUCCGCCGCCGACAUCGGCAGUAUUGGAAGACAGCACCGUACGUCUUUAGCCUCUUUCUGUAUAGCUUAAUCAGCGUGUGGCACACACAGGCCUGGGCUGUUGGGAGUAACCUUUCCUGACAAUAUCUUAUGGCUUGUGGCAUGUCGCUCGCACUCCUAGUCUUAUUUACUGCCGUCAGCGAAUCGACUUGAGGGCGUCUAAAUCUGCAAUGGCUGGCGUAAUCGUUGGGAUUCUACAAUCAGAAUGCAUAAGUUACUUAGGUUUCUAAACUUAGUAGCUUAUUUUUCUAAGUCGUUAACUUCUUAUUUCUAUGGCAUUGUCCUGGCCUCCCUGAUGUCAAAUUUCGUCCUUCCUUUCAAUACUACCUUCGGUUAGGCGAACGACUUCUAAAUCUUACCUCUGUUGGCUUUCUGGACCGCUUAAUUGUGUUCCCCCGCAAUUUUUGUUGGUUGCAAUGCCGUUGGGUCGACAUUCUUUACUGGCCCAUCGAGGGUUGACGUGCCACUUCUGACCUUGGAAUGCAAUUGCUCAGACCGGCUCCUUUAUCUCUUACCUUGCGCAAGUCCCGCGAUAGCGCUAUACUUAGCUAACUUUAGUAUUUAGGCAUUGGUUAGCACAACUUAAAUUUUCCUGCUUAGUUCGAAGGUCAUGAAUGGGACUCAUUUAAACAUUUUUUUCGGGAAUGCAACCCGUUUCCGAAUGUUAACCUUUUAUCGCGCUCUCCUUUCCACCGCCCAGCCCCAUCCAUAAAACCCCUAUUAUCACCGGUCCCUUAUUAUGCGAUGACCUUGUUUCUGCUCUUUGAGUACGGUCGCAUACCGUGUCCUUGUUGUAAACCCCACUGCUUGUGACGCUCAUGCUAUGUUGGACGUUCGGAACCAUCUCGGUUUUUACUUCUCUUAUUACCUACAUUGUGCCCAACUUUCUACACUAGCUCUUUUCUUUUCAAGGAGUCUAUCCUCAUUGUUAAGAUGCGGAAAGGCCAACGUCUUAAGUUACGUGCCUUCGCCAAAAAGGGCUUUGGUAAGGAGCACGCCAAGUGGAAUCCCACAGCUGGGGUGGGUUUCGAAUAUGAUCCGGACAACGCGUUGCGCCACACUUUCCUACAGAAACCGGAGGAGUGGCCGCGAUCGGAGUACUCAGAACUGGAACCAGACCAGAGUCAGGCACCCUACGAUCCAUUUGGAAAGGUUGGUGACCUCUCUUUUUUGCUGAACCUAUCUGUUACCAAUGAGCACAUAACUGUCAGACUUCCGCUUUUUCAAAAACUUCGCGUCAAGUCGACUACGUUCCUCACCACACAGGCGCCACCGGCUAUCGCUCCAGCGGCCUUUUCUGUAUCGUAAUUACUCCUUCGACGGGUUGGUGUCACCAGCUCGAAAAUUCACGAGUAAAACUCGAUUUUUCCGAAGAACCUCUUCCUGUUUUCAUUAUAUCGACUCGGAAUGCCUACCACUUCUACUCUACAUAUAUAUAUAUAUAUAUAUAUAUAUAUAUAUAUAUAUAGCAGCAACGAGGGACGACAGAGAAUGCGGUUAGAUUGAUACAGUACUGUUUCGGGCUUAUUGUGCCUUCAUUCAGCCAAUCAUAACCCUGACCACCAGCAGCUGGGACCAGAAACACAAACAUGCGCACAGACGCACCUGGCGCAGUUGAUCCACCACUGGGGUCUACCAGAUGGGUCAUAAGCACUUCAUCGAACCGAAGUUCAUCAGUGCCUCGCCACCUGUCAUUCUCUGUCGCUGCAGAUCGGGUAUUUAUCAAUCAGGAAUGGGCGCACACCGAUCUAUUGGCUUCACAAAGCAAACAAGCUCCGUAUGUGUGGCAAAGGUCACGAACAGGCAACCAAUUACCAGGCCGAAGUCGGCCAAGUCAUAAUAGCAGCGAGGAGGGACGACAGAGAAUGCGGGUAGAUUGAUACAGCACUGUUUCGGGCUUAUUCUGCCUUCAUUCAGCCAAUCAUAACCCUGAUCACCAGCAGCUGGGACCAGAAACACAACUGGGCAGGUACUCAAUAGACCUGACUGUCAACCGCCUUUACGUUCGCCUAACGUACUUACAUCCGCACAAUUAUAUUACCGACAAAGACAAGGGAGACUGGAAUGGCCAUUUCUGGCUUAUUAGCCGUCAUCAGCCAAUCAUUCCCAAUCCCGGAGUGUGGAACAUCUGGGGCUCGAACUCGCGAUCUGUUAGUUAGAAGUCCAGCGCCUCUAACCACUGCGCCACGGGCCCGUUGUACUGUCCGUUACGGGGUUGGGUCUGACUGGCUGACGACGGCUUACAAGCUAGAAACGUCCAUUCCAGUCUCCCAAGUCUUUGUCGGUAAUAGCAUAGUGCCUAUAUCAUGCGCAGCUUUGUGGCUGCUGGUCGAUUUCGAGAGAACCCUUAAGGCAGAACAGAAUCGAGUGAUUUCCGUAAGAACGAUCGGUGAACGUCCCUCUACCAUUGUAUAUUCCCGAUCGAAACUGACAGGAAAACGGGUCCGUGGCGCAGGGAUUAGAGGCGUUGGACUUCUACCUAACAGGUCGUGAGUUUGAGCCCCAGGUGUUCCACACUUCGGGGUUGGGUAUGACUGGCCGACGACGGCUAUUAAGCCUGAAAUGGCCAUUCAAGUCUCCCUUAUCUUAUUCGGUAACGCUAUUCUGCAUACAUAUGCAUAUCCAACCUUUUUAGUGCUGUGCCUGCUGCUGGCUUCGAUUCAUAUCUUCAGCGUCACAAAAAACUGUUCUGACACGCCAGAUAAUGAGGUUCAAGUCUGCAAAAUAUUCUGUAAAAAUAUAUUGAAUUGGAAUGGUCUCGUAAACUAUUCCCACUGGAUGCCAAUAUUUGGCAGGAAUUUGCUCCUUUUAGCGAUAUUGUAUCUUGGCAAGCCUAACCAGAGCACAUGGACCAUAAACCUUGGGGUAGUCCGAAGACCAGGUUAGACCUAUGCUCUCCGAACAAUGAUUGCGCGGGGCAGUUUUAAUGAAGGUGCGGCUUCCCAUAGUUCCUGAAUUUGAAGAUGGCCGUCUUCAUCUGCCCUUCGUACGCAAGAGGCUCCGGUCCCACUAUUGUGCUGGAUGCUGGCGAGUAAAACCUUAUAAGUAGACUGGUUACAUUUUUUAUAUCGCAAUAUCGCACUGGAGUGAAUUUUUUUAUACGCAACUAAUCUGUUCGGUCGGUAUCCAGCCGCACCUAAAGGUACUGUCGUUGCGUAGUCUGUAACUGCUUAGGCUAUGGACCCUAUGGUCUUCAUACUUAGCAAUGCUCCCAAACCGGACUGUGCUGUAAGUACGCUGGACUAUAAAGAGGAUAGAAUUGACUCACGGCAAGCAUUGAUUAGGAUGCGUAGAGUCCGCGAGAGCCUUUGCUACUGCCGUACAUGGGGAUUGGGUGACACGCCCAGGCGCUGGCCUUUACGCCGCGUCAGGCACUGCGCCCAAUCCCGUCACCAGCUGCCGGAUACCUGGACAGUCCACUGAUGCUGAAAGAGAAAAGAGCCGGAAUGAGACCGACAUUGGGGAAUCCAUCUUUACGGCACGUCAGCCCAUUUUUCACUAUAAUAUAGCUAACGCGUUUGAAUCAGUCACGAUGCGCCAAGAGUUGUAGUUUUGGAGGUGGCCAACUGAGAGGCAACUCAUCCUUCUCGGGACGGAGGGUCGGACUGCAAAGCUCCCUUCGAGCCAUAGUCCUUACGACACUCGUGAGGCCCUAACCGCCCUCGUGAAAGCCUGGUACAUGUUGUGGAUCCAAGCCAUGUGUGAAGUGCGAGACAGGCUUUUUAACUAUAUAAAUCCCGGCGCCAGAGCCCACCUACAAUCGUCUUGGCACUGUCUUGUUAUCGAAGUCAGGUGGGUUAAGAGGGAGUAUGGUAGGUGCUUCGCAAGUCUGCUUCACUUUAAAUUAAUUCACGCGCAAGUCGCGGUGCGGAGCCCACUCCUUGACGUACACAGUGGACGUCGCAUGCCACGGUCGAACUACCAUAUUGUGAUAAUAGAAUAGAGAUGACACUCAAAAAUCUCCAAAAUGUUGCAAAGAAUGUCAUCAAUAACGUGACCGUCGGCCACAUCUUAGCAAAGCAUAACAAUUUGGUGAAACCUGCAGUAAGUGAAAAAUUUUGAAACGCAAAUCGUUUCAUGGGCUGAAGUCCUUGGUUUGUAAGGCUUUUUGGCGAGUAAGAUGUCUCUUUUUGCCUUCAGUGAUGUUUGUCUUGACGCUACCUCCCUUCAGUUUUGACCUUGGUUUCCUUCAGCCCUCGAAAUUCUACAUAACAGUUGAAUCGUGUGGCUCACUCAAGGCCAAAAACAUCAUCUUCUCGGCUCUCCGCGUUCUGAAGGAGAAGUUGACAACCCUUCACGACAAUCUACCGCCAGAGUGA